CACAUCAGGAUGAGCUCCCUGGCUCUUCUGUUGCCAGUGGAGAUGAGAUAGGCACAGCCUCACUCAGCAGCGCCUCUUCCAGAGCAGGCUAGGACUUGGUGGGUGGAGACGUCCAGGUGGGGAGCAUAGGAUCUGGAACCAGAAGAAUGGCAGUGUUUCCAUUGUUUAGUUUAGGAUCUGAGCUCUGUCGGGACACAACAGGUUCUGCCUGUCCCUUUGAGUUCAGUCAUCAGUGCCAGGACCUUCAGGCUCUGGCAGUGGGGCAGAGGGGACCCCCUUCCCUGAGAGGCUGGGCAAACCACAGGCGUUUUUCACACCCUUAGGAACUGCAGGAGCUACAAUUCGCUCCCUAAGUAAGAAAAGUACUUAUCCCUACCAGCAGGGGGCAAAACUGAGAUACCUUCUGAGGGCUCCACCCCAGCUCUAGACAGCUUUGAGAAAGUACCUUCACAUCCAAUCUCAACACCUUUGAUUUAUUCUUUAUUUUCCAAUGAGGUAAUCUCACCUUCCCCCCAGGCUGAGUUUUGGGGGGCAGGAGGGAGGAGGCUGAACCAUUUGAUUCCUCUUCAACAAAAAUGAAUCAUGUCCCCUAUCCCCACACCCCCAUCCUCAGCCCAGGAAUAUUUAUCUCUGUUUACACAACCAUGGCAACAGGCUCUAUUCUCUACUACUUAGGAGGAAAAAGAAAAGUGGAGGGCAGCGCUUUUUCCUAUUCCUGUCUCCUGUUCUGCUCAGGAACAGGGGAGCAAGAAAACUGCAAUGUACUAGGAUCAUAAAAGCACUCCAGAGCUUGACAGUGAUUGUCCUCCAGAAUCCUGUGGGAACCACGGUACUAGCACUUCUGACUUGUCUGCAACUCCUCUUCUGAGCACUGCAAUGUCCAUGAAGGAAGUGGGUGAUGGCUUGCAGGAUCAGAUGAACUGUAUGAUGGGGGCGCUGCAAGAACUGAAGCUCCUGCAGGUGCAGACGGCCCUGGAGCAGCUGGAGAUCUCUGGAGGGGGUCCUGCCCCAGGUUCUCCCGAAAGCCCCCGGACACAGCUUGAGCCCCCUCAGUGGGAGGGGCCCUGCUCCCCCUCCAACCAAGCUUCUCUUGGCAGCACCAGCAGCGCCAAGUUUCCGUCGCCUAGGAGUGUGUGUGGGAGGGAGCUGGCCACCCCGCCCAGGACACCGCUGCCAGAGCCCCAGACCUGUGCCCAGCAGGGGCCAGAGCUGGCGGAACCCGAUGACUGGACCUCCACGUUGAUGUCCCGGGGCCGGAACCGACAGCCUCUGGUGUUAGGCGACAACGUUUUUGCGGACCUGGUGGGCAACUGGCUGGACUUGCCAGAACUGGAGAAGGGUGGCGAGAAGGGUGAGACAGGGGAAGCGGGAGAGCCCAGAGGAGGGAGGGGCCAGCCUCGGGAGCUGGGCCGCAGGUUCGCCCUGACAGCAAACAUCUUCAGGAAGUUCUUACGUAGCGUGAGGCCUGACCGCGACCGGCUGCUGAAGGAGAAACCAGGCUGGGUGACACCCACGGCCUCUGAGCCCCGAGCUGGACGCUCCCAGAAGGUCAAGAAGCGGAGCCAUUCCAAGGGCUCUGGACAUUGCCCCUUCCCAGGUGCCUCGGAGCCCAGAAGAGGGGAGAAUGCUUCCACCAGCUGCCCCAAGGCCCUGGAAUCCUCACCCUCGGGCUUUGAUAUUAACACAGCUGUUUGGGUCUGAAUCCUAGAGACAGAAAUGUGACUGAACCCAAAAGGGCCAGGUCCCAGUGCUAGGCCCCUGGGAAACAGGCCAGGCGGGGUCCCUUCCCCCAAGGAAGGACCAAGAAGAAGCAAGAGGGCCUGGAGCACGGUCGACAGGCCUGUGGUUGGGAGAGGCUGUGGCAGGGGCUGGCUGGUGGGGGAGGGGAGAGUUCCUGGACAGACAGAGAGCGUGUGUUGCGACCCGGCUGGAGGUAACAGCAGAGGAGGGCCUGAGGGAGGAGACCAGGAUAUCCAUCUGACAUUCCUUCACUGCCCCCAAAGACCUCAGUUGAACAUUCUGCAUGGAUCUGGCACUGGGGCCUCAGGUUCCCCAGAGAUGCCGCCAAUAAAGACCUUGUUUCUCCUGUCCCCA